GGCACUAGCGCUAGCCUCGUCUUUUGAAUCAGAGUUGGAGUCGUGUCUUCUAUGCGAUCAUCGACAGUAGUUUUGGCUUUUCUUUCUGAAUCUGUAUCGCGACUACAAAAAUCGAAAUGUCUCUUUUCCCCGCACCUCGUUGCGUGACGACCGCAGGCACACCGACAAGCAGCACCCUCCACGCCGCGCCACCUGGUGCUUCGAACCAGCCCUCCCGGUGCGCCAGCGUCUCCACGCAACGGCCGACUUCCGGAGUCGUAAGCCAAUUUGCGUCUGGCCAGUCCAGGAGCACCACGCCGAUUCUCAGUACUACGACCACGCCGAGUAUGCAAUACAAACUAUUUCGAUUUCCUGUAGUACAUGUACAAAAUGCAUCACAAAUUUCACCAACUUGGAGCAUGCCGCUAGUCAUGCUGACUAGAAUUAUUACAACAAAAUCUUGUCAUGCAGGGACCGCAUUAUUUGUUUUUGUACAUGUUUGUACAGGAAAUUUACUGUGGAUACCGAUCCAGCUGUACCAGACGAGGAGCCCGCUGUUGGUGGCGAGGGAGCAUGUCGGUAACGGAAUCGCCGGAGGAGGCAGCAGCAGCAGCAGUUCCAGUCAUGCCGGAGGAGCGAGGGUAUUCUCAUACGAAGAAGAUAAAUCAUCGUUUGUCGUGCUAUGAAAAAAAUGAUAGAUCAAGGUAGUGAGAGUGACGCAGAUCAUAAAGUAAACCUCUCUUCAUCCCUUUCUGAAUCUGAUUCUGCAUGACAGAUUCACCACAAAAAAAAAAAAACCAGCUCCACUCUGCUACCCUGUACCAGAACACGUCUGCGUCCGCGAUGACUUCUACUACAGUAGGAGGCCACGGGGCAACAGCAGGCACCUCCUUGCAGCAACCACCUGGCGCUGGAGGUGUGUCUGUGAAAAUCCCCUAUCCUGUGCAAAAGUAUCGCACUCGUAUUGCAAUCAUGCAUUACAAAUCUUUUUCUCAAGGUAAAUUCGCAGUACAAAUUUUAUUUCUCAUGCUGAGGAAAUUUGUAAUGCAUUUAUACGAAUACGAUACUUUUGCAGUUCAUAUCCCCACCCCGACUACCACGACGCAGCCACGGUUGCUCGGAACUACAACUCCUGCCAUCAACGUGGUUCCGUUUGCGGCCACAAGCGCGACUGCUGGAGGACUGGCCGGACACCCGAUUGGCACUGCAGGGGCAGGGGCAGGGGCUGGUGGUACUAUUACAUCAACCACUUCGAGUUUAAACUUCCAACCGGGAGCGCUUGUUUCUGCUGCUCUGGGAGGUGGUGCUGGUACAACUAACAACUACCUGACGACCGGUGGAGGUGUAGUUCCCCGUAGCACAACAAACUCUGCUAGUUCAUCCUCUGCUUCCCGCCAGCUGCAACCGAAGAUGAAUAAGCAGGAACGACAGAAACUUCGGGAGCAAAAUUGGUGGUGGAUGGAGCAGGUGAAAACCAAAUCGACGACAAACAGCAAUGAAGAUCACGGGCCUGCUGCUUUUCCUGAUUCAUCUGGGUUCCAGCAGCAUCAGCAGCCGCAAAUACUAGCCGACACAUCGUCUAGUUGUACUUCCGCAACAUCUGGCGUGAACCACUUCGCCUUGGCCCAGCUGAAGAACAUCGGUGCUAUGGUGGAGAAGGCCAGUUCCCUGGUGAUCCAACAGAGUGCGCAAAUCUUACAAAAACAAGAAGUCCUGUAUCCACCGUUGAAUGAGAAAGACCAUGAUUCAUCUGUGGUGAGUCAACUGAAGCGCGACUCGCAGUCUUCUGGGGACGGAGAUGAAAACACCAGUUCUAGGACGACGGAUCAGGUUCUCGAUCAGGAGCAAAGAAGAAACAGCGGAAGUUCUAGCUUCUCGACAGGAAUGACAAACAACAACUCGAAAGCGCUGCUGCAGUUGCCAACAAAGAUCCCCAGUCCGCUGAAGCAACGGCCGAGGAACAACUCGAACGCACACAGUCUGAUGUUUCAGCCGAAACAGCGAACAAGAGCCAACACGGCGGAUAGUGACGAGUUGAAGCCGAGCAAGCUGCGGACGCCCAGGGUAGAAGUGAGGAAGAAUGUGCUGAAUGGAGGCGGUGGAACCAGCAAGCAGGGUCAAAAUACCACUGGUUUGCAGUCCAAGUCAACCACAGUGGAGGAGGAUAGUGCUACUGCUACUGCUGCUGGUUACAAGAACAUCCAGACGUCGUCGCUCCACAGCGCCAGCAACAGCGUCUCCAUCAGCCUUGUGGAGCCCCCGAUGCACAAUAGCAUUGCAAGUUCCUGUGGACCUUCAAACAACAGCAGUCUCGUAUGAAGUGCAAACGCAUCGUACUAGUAUAAAUCGCAAUACAAAUAAUUAGCUCAGCAUUACAAAUUAAGUUUCUAAAUGCGGAUUUACCUUAACAAGUGGAUUUGUGAUGCAUAAGUGCGAUUACUACGAGUACGAUACUUUCGCACAGGAUACCUCGUUGGAGCGAGUAAUUCCAUGCACACGAGAUUCGGGAAUCGCUUCACACCAGCGAAUCUCAGCACUGCUACAAAUUCCUCGAGUUUCGGUGUGGUUGGGCAGCUGCCAACUGGUCUUUCCGCCGAUGCAGCAGGAGGCGGCGCUGCAUCUUCGAUCGGUACAACAGAACAUCAAUAUAAUUCCGUCCUGCAGAACCAGCAUGAGAAACUGCAAGAAAAAUACAACCAACUGAAACAGCUCGCUUUCUCGCGGAAAAGGGAAUUGAAAGAACAGAAAAAGAAGUUCGAAUCCUUUUCCAACUGGCGUCUGGUGAUUACUCGAGACAAGGAUAUCUCCUCCAGAUUCGGAUUGGGCAGUACGAACGAAAUCGAACAGGAGGGCGGCGUGCGGAUUGAGACGAGCAAGCACGUUCUGGUGCUGAGUACUUCUUCUUCUUCUUGCUCGAAAAGUGGUGCGGGAGCAGCUGGAAAUAAUGCGAGAAGCAGAAACAGUGCGGGAAGCAAGAAGCAGCUGCUGAUUGUACAGCGGUGAAGAUGAGACCGGACUUCUGAAUUAUUCUCGAAAUAACUACUUACGCCUGCUCGUGGCACAACACGAUCUUCGAAGAACUUCAUCAGGCCCACCAGCACGUCCGCCCAAUUUCUUGUGUGUAAUAAGAUAGCCGCUUCCUCCAACUGAGCUUGAAUAACCACCCCUGCACUUCUCCAAUUUAUGGAUAUGGACUGACUGCUGCUACUUCUCCUAGGACUACGCGCUAGCUUACAACUUUUACUUUCGAAUGUAACUAUAUCCAGCCUGCACCCAAAAUUUGUAAUCCCACCGACUUUAUUCGUAUUCGUUUCUUUUAGCGUGAAUAAAAAGAUGAAUGUUGCCGAUAUCAGCAAGAACGACCCGCUGCAGAUGAGCCUGAGGCUGACGAGCACGAGAGCUUAAAAAUACUUUACAGUACCAAAACUUCUGUCACCAGAAUUGAAUUCGAAUGCUCGGUAAUCUACUUAUCCCCGCAAAUACACUCCAUCAGUAUGUGUUUUGUCGUAACUCCGCGUUGGCUGUUGUUCUGCAAUACCAGUAUUAUGCUUCCGUACCUCUUUCCAUUCGGUGAAAACAAACCUACAACCAGAUUUCGGUUUUGUGUGGGUCUUCUACCUGUAGUACUUACUUACUGACUUACCCGCACGGCAGAAAAAGAGCCGGCUGCAGACAACAUGAUCGGUUUUGCUUGACAUCAGACAACAUGAUCGGUUUUGCUUGGUGUUGAGUGCUUCUUCUUCCUUGAAAAGUGGGCCUGCUGGGAAGAACAACGCGAGAAACCGAAACAGUACGGGAGACAAGAAGCAACUGCUGAUUGUGCAGAGGUGAAGAUGAGACCCGACUUCUCAAUGCGAAGACUUCUGCGCCGGCCUUCCAAUACUAUAAUACUAGUACUACCUUCCAAUACAAUAAAUACUACGCCUCGCGACAACACCUUCGAACUUUGUCGGGCCCACCACUUCCGUCCAAUUAAUUUCUUGUGUGCAAAUAUAGUCUGCUUCCUCAACCUGAGUUCCACAAACGACAGCCACUGCACUGCACUUAUGCGCUGCCUCUGCUUCUGCAAGAAGUAGAAGAACUACGACUACUUUACAACUUGCGCAUUUAACCGUAUCUAGCCUGUGCCUCGUGAACCCAAAAUUAUUUUAUUUCUCCGACUUUUGUAUUCGUUCCACCGCGAAGAAAAACAAAAAAUAUUGCCCAAUGAUUUGCAGAUGAGCUUGAGUACGUGUACGAGAGCUUUAUACGAAAUUUUCUGCCACCAGAAACAGAAU